UAUUUUUAAACGAGUUUUAAAAAAUAUAAAAAAAUGCAUAAGUCUUUUUUUACUAAUAAUGAAUGCUGGUUAUUAUUCAGAAUUUAGAAAAUUCGAAAAUGUUUUUUUGUGGAACGCCAUAAUAGCUAUUAAUAGAAAGGAGUGUUUGAUGAUGGCGUUGUGUUUUUUAUUGUUAUUCCAGUCUCUUUUAAAAAUUUUUAUAAACUGACGACAUCAAACUAUUUAUGCGUGUAAGCUCGACUGAUGACUGUUUGAAAUUACAGGAUGACCUUAAUAGAUUUUCUAAAUGGUCUAACUCAAUGGGAUUGUCACUUAAUUUAACCAAAUGCAAGGUCUUUACGUAUCACAGAACAAAACGUCCUAUUAUGUUUCACUAUAGUAUUACUGCAGUAAACAUCUCGCGUGAGUUAAACUCUAUUACAGAUCUAGGCUUUAAGAUUAGUUAUAAUCUUGAUCCUACGCUUCAUAUUGAUUAUGUUUGCUGUAAAGCUUUUAAAGCGUUAGGUUUUAUUAUGCGCUUGGCCAAAGAUUUCAAGCAAAGACUUUCACUUAAAGUGCUAUUCUGUUCUAUAGUCAGACCUAUUCUAGAAUAUGGUAGUGUAGUGUGGGAUCCUUAUACUGCCUUGAGCUCGCUACAGCUUGAGCGAGUUCAGCGAAAGUUCCUACGCUUUGUCAGCUACUCGCUCAACAUAGUCUGUCCAAACCACGAUUAUGCCUCUGUCUCGUAUUUGCUUGGCCUAUCAUCAUUAGCUGCGCGUAGGCGCAAUGCUGGAAUUAAUUUCCUAAUUGGUUUAUUGAAUGGUAAUAUUGAUUCGCCGAGCCUGUUGUCCCUCAUAUGUUUUAGAGUACCUCAGCGCGCAACAAGAAAUAAUGCUCCAUUUGUUGUCCCUCACUGCCUAACUAAUUAUGCAAAAAAUGAGCCACUUAGGCGUCUUAUGACUAAUGCCAAUGUUGACCCUAAUUUUUCAUUUUAAUUUUUGUAUUUUUCUUUAUGUUUAAUAAUUAAAUUCAUUUUCAUUUUGUAUUUCAUCUUUAUGUUUAAUAAUUAAUUUACAUAUUUUUAGUAUAUAUCUUUCUAUGUUACAAUAAUCUAAUUUAUGUACUUGUAUUAUUUGUA